CUAGUCAGCACCACUAUCGAUGUAUCGAUUGUUACAUAUCAGUCCAGAUUCGAUUACUACCAGAAAAGAUUCGAUUUGAUUAUUUUCAUCAAAGGCUAAGGUUGCCCCGUUAUAUUCGGCUGAUAACCUAUUUAAGAUCCUUUUUUUUUCCUACUGCGAGAGUUCAAUCCAGAAAUCAAAAUCGUUCAAGAAUCUUAUUAGCUCGCAGGAGGAAGUCUGAAGGCAUGGCUGGCCUCUGUGCAUCCGCAGCCGCAAGCAGGUUCGCUUCCAUUCCUUUCUCUACCUCUCCUUCCUGUUUGAAGCGUGGUCGGAAACCGUGGGCUUUAUCACCUAGAAAAGUUCGAGUCGGUUUUAGGGUUCAAGCCUUCUUCAAUCCCUUAGAAGACCAACCUAUCGUUAAGGAUGCUCUCAAGGAACCGGUGGCCUUCUUAGGCGGGAUGUUUGCUGGUCUCCUGAGGCUGGAUCUGAACGAGGAUCCCCUUAAGGAGUGGAUCUCGAGGACUGUUGAGGCCUCUGGACUCAAACCCGAAGAGGUAGUCGAUGGGAUGGAGUCGAGGUUGGAUGAGAAUGAAGAUUUUCCUCAGCAGAUAGAGAUUGAAUGAGUUUUUAUCUUUGGAAUUCGGUAAGCGGGCUUUGCAUUUAGGUAUACUGAUAGUGUAUGUGGCACUUGCGUUCUGUACUAAGUUAAGUUUCUUUUAGGAUGCUCUUCUUCAUCAGUAUAUGUUGGUUUUAUAGCCAACUUUAUUCAAAUAGCUUUUGUACAGUUAUGGCAUUACAAAUUGAAUGGAUAGGUUUUAAGCCUUUUUCACAUUGGCAUUUUCUUGGAAAUGUUAAUUAUACAUGGCUCUUGUAGAAAAAA